GGUCCUGCCUCUGGGGGUAAUACGAGUUCGGGUGCUGACUCUGGGGGUGCUGCGAGUCCUUCUGGUGUUGGUGUCGUCGGAGCUCCUACCGGAGGACCUGGAGCUACUGGUGCGGGAGGUACUGGAGGUACUGCUGAUGCUGGAGGUCCUGGAGGUGCUGCUGGUGCUGGAGGUCCUGGAGGUGCUGGAGGUACUGGAGGUGCUGCUGGUGCUGGAGGUCGGGGAGCUGCAGGUGCUGCUGGUCCUGGUGGAGCUGCUGGUGCUGGAGGUACUGGAGGUGCUGCUGGUGCUGGAGGUCGUGGAGCUGCUGGUGCUGGAGGUACUGGAGGUACUGCUGGUGCUGGAGGUCGUGGAGCUGCUGGAGCUGCUGGUGCUGGAGGAGCUGGAGCUGCUGGGACUGGAGGUCCUGGAGGUGCUGGAGGUCCUGGUGGAGCUACUGGUGCUCUUCGCCACCUUCUCAGUCUUCAGCCAGGUGCUACUGGCUUCCCUGUGGCAGGUACUACUCCUCCGUUGCUGUGUCCACCGGCGGACCAGUCACAGCCGCCGCUGCUACCACACUCCCCACUGCCUGCUCCUGCUCCUUACACUGCGGUGUCAGAGUCCCUGACUGAGCGUCGAGAGCCUGAGACUCGUGCUUCCACCCCUGAGCGUCGAGAGCCUGAGUCUAGCUUUGACCUUGAGCCUGAGCCUAGAGCUGCUGUCCGUGCUCGUGUUCCUCGUGUUCGUCGUCAGCGUGCUCCGGCUGUCCCCGGCACUCACGAUAUGACACUCCGUCCUUCCUCUGUUCCUCAGCGUGUUGUCCUACCGUUACCUCCAGCGUCCUCUUUGCCUGACGUUGCUGACCCUCCGUCUGACCUUGCUCGUGCGUUCAGUCCGACUGUUACUCGCCUUCUUGCUACGGUUGUGACGGACCCUACGUUCUCGUCUCCUGCUGCGUCUGCCCUAGUAGCUGAGCUCGUUGACUUUGCUGCUGUGUACCGCCUCGACUACCUUGCGAGUCUUGUCUCUGACCCUGUCCCUGCCUGUCCUCCGUCCGUCGGGGGUGAGACUGCUCUUGGCUGCACUGCCCUUGGCUGUGACGUUCUUGAGGACAGACAGGAGGAGCUGGAGUGCCUUGCUACCGCUUCACCCCAUCACGCGACCAUGCUGCUUGCCCCUGAGGGAGACCCGGAUGCACUUGACAUCCCCACCCCGCGCUCCUACAGGGAGGCGAUUUCGGGUGAGUACUCCUCUCAGUGGCAGACAGCCAUGGACGCAGAGAUGGCUUCCUGGAAGUCCACAGGCACCUACGUCGACGAGGUUCCCCCACCUGGGGCGAACAUCGUCAGUGGCAUGUGGAUUUUCAGGGUGAAGCGGCCGCCAGGUUCUCCGCCUGCCUUCAAGGCACGUUACGUUGCUCGAGGCUUCAGUCAGCGUGAGGGGGUCGACUUCUUUCAGACCUUCUCUCCCACCCCGAAGAUGACCACUCUUCGGGUGUUGCUACACGUUGCAGCUCAGCGUGACUACGAGCUGCACUCCCUCGACUUCUCGACAGCUUUCUUGCAGGGUAGCCUUCACGAGGCCAUCUGGUUGCGCCGUCCACAGGGCUUCACUGGGUCGUUUCCUGAGGGUACCCAGUGGAGCCUACGGCGACCAGUGUACGGCUUGCGUCAGGCGCCCCGCGAGUGGCACGACACACUGAGGACGACACUUGCGGCUCUUGGGUUUGCUCCUUCGACUGCUGACCCGUCGCUGUUUCUACGCACCGACACUACUCUGCCGCCGUUCUACAUCCUCGUGUACGUCGACGACUUGGUUUUUGCUACUGCUGACACUGAGGCACUGGCCCUAGUGAAGGCGGAGCUGCAGGAGAGACACACCUGCACUGACCUGGGUGAGCUGCGGAGCUAUCUUGGCUUGCAGAUCACCCGGGACAGACCACGGCGCACCAUCACCCUGACUCAGUCACACAUGGUGCACCAGGUCCUACAGCGCUUCCGCUUCACGUACUCCUCGCCACAGCCCACUCCUCUGGCUACCGGCCACUCGCUCUCAGCUCCACCUUCGGACGAGUCCGUAGAGCCGAGUGGUCCGUACCCAGAGCUUGUGGGCUGCCUCAUGUACCUGAUGACGUGCACACGACCUGACCUCGCGUACCCUCUCAGCCUUCUGGCUCGCUACGUGGCACCCGGUAGGCACCGAAAGGUGCACUUUGAUGCUGCGAAGAGGAUACUGCGUUACUUGUGCAGCACAUCGGGCAUGGGGCUUGUGCUUGGAGGACGGGGUUCGGUGGUCCUCACAGGACACUCUGACGCCUCUUGGGCCGACGACCAGGCGACUCAGCGUUCGUCACAGGGCUACACCUUCAGUCUUGGCGCUGGUUCUGUCUCGUGGAGGUCCACUCGUUCUUCUUCUGUGCUUGGUUCCAGUUGUGAGGCCGAGAUCUACGCUGGGGCCAUGGCUGCACAGGAGCUCCGCUGGCUGACCUACCUGCUGACGGACUUGGGGGAGCAGCCUCGUUCACCUCCAGUUCUGUACGUCGACAACAAGGCAAUGCUUGCCUUGUGUCGCGAGCAGAGACUGGAGCACAGAACGAAGCACAUUGCUCUGCGUUACUUCCUUGCGCGUGAGCUGCAGCAGCGUGGUCAGCUGCGCCUUGCUUUCGUGGCCUCUCGGGCCAACACUGCUGAUGUCUUCACCAAGGCCCUUGGGGCUGGUGAUCAUCAGCGUUUCUGCACUGCUCUUGGGCUUGUGCCCACUCUGCCUCACCUGCUGGUUGCUUGA